AUGCUAGCCCCUUCACCAAGGAUUCCCGUGCGGUGGCCAUCGCAACUGUCGCUCUGCAGCAACAGCUCCUCUCGCGAUGGCCUGGCGGCAUCUUCGCCCGCUGCGGUUUUCAGCGUCUACGCAGCAGCCGAGCAGGGGGACCUGGCUCGGAUGAAGGGUUUUUUGGUCGGAGGGGGCAACGUCAACAAGAGGAGCAAGGACCAAUCCUCCUACAAGGAGGGAUACAGCAUCUUGCACCUUGCGGCCAUGAGGGACCAACAAGGCAUGGUGGAGUUGCUCCUGAAGGAGGGAGCGGACCCGGACGUCCAUGACAACGGGGAGGGGCUAACUCCCCUCAUGUGGGCAGCACAGCUGGGGCACACAGAGGUGGCGAACUCUCUUAUCGAGGGCGGCGCCGACAUGGAGCAAGAGGACAGGGAAGACCUGACGGCGUUGCACUGGGCCGCCCGCAUGGGGCAGGAGCGCGCCUUGCUCGUGCUCCUGGAUCACGCCGCAGAUGUCGAGACGGUGGACUACGACGGAAACACGCCUCUCAUCUGGGCCGCCCGCGGGGGACACCGUGACUGCGUCGGCCACCUCCUCGACCACGGGGCAACAACCACCACCCCCGAUGAGAACGGCAACACCGCACUGCACUUCUCGUGCCAGACGGGCAACGCGGGAAUCACCUCCGAUCUGCUGGACUGGGGAGCGCUGGCCACCGCGCAAGACUAUUGGGAGUUUACUCCGGUCCACCGGGCGUGCUCUCAAGGACACGGCAACGUGCUCAAGGAGCUCCUGCGGCAGCGCUCCGGUCGGGCAAGGGCCCGCGGUGGCGGCGCCGGCGGAGGGGGCGCCGACGACGGGUCUGGGGGAGAUUUCUGGGAGAGUGGCCUGGCCAGGGCAUGGGGCGGCGGCGGCGGCGGCGGCGGCGGCAGCGGCAAUGUGGGAGAGAGGGGGGGCACGGGAGGAGGGCGAGGAAAAGGGGGCAGCAGCGGUAGCGGCACCAGCGGCUUCAAGAGAGGGGGGGGAGCGGGGGGGGUGGGACGCGGCGCCAGCAGAAGCGUGGCGGCCCCUCUACCCUCCGAGGUGGUGGACAUCCGGAACCACUUCCACGCGACCCCGCUGCACAGGGCCGCGGCGAAGGGGCAUGCAGAGGUGGUGACGAUGCUGGUGCAGAACGGCGCCAGCGUCGACUCGAGGGACGGGUUCUUCUACACCCCGCUCCACCUCGCCUGCAUCAACGGCGCCGUGGCCAGCGUGGAAGCCCUCCUCCGCGCCGGCGCCGACCCGGCCAUCAAGGCGCAGCAGGGCGUAACGCCGCUCAUCGCCGCCAGGAAACCCGAGGGGGGAUCGACGGCGGCGGCGGCGGCGGCGACAACGAGGGGCCGGGCGAUGAGCCGGCUUCCGAGGGACCAGGAGGAGAGGAGGGCGGGGACGAGCCCGCGGCGCCCGCCCCCCCGGCGGAGCAGCACCGGCAGCAUGCUCCAGAAGCUCUUCAACAGCAGCAGCGGCCCGUACCAGCCGCAGAAGGUCAAGGAAGAGGUCGCCGCUGCCGCCGCUGCCGCCGCCGGCGUGACGGCUUCUUUGGUCUCUGUCAGCCUGUCCAGCUCGGAAAACGCCGGUAGUACCGCCGACGAUAUCGUUUUGGCGGCAGAAGGUGCGACGCAGGCAGCAGCGGCGGCCGUGGUACCGCCCCCCCAGACGAUACCGGCAGAAACGCCGCUCCACAUGGCGCCGCGUUUCGCCCCGUCGCCGCCUCCACCGCGAGGCUUGGCGGCCGCGGGGAAAGCGAUGGCCAUGGAGACCGUGGAGACCGUGGCGUUGGAGCUGCCGCGGUUCACGGGCGCGGGCAUACCUUGCCCCACCCCGAAAGAGGAGGAUGCGCCGGCGGCGGCGACGCUGGCCGCCAUUGCGCGCGUCGUUUCUGCGGACGACAGGGGGAGAGGGGGUGGCGAUGAAGCGUCCGCACCAUCCGCGGCGACAACAACAGCCCCAGGCGGCGUGCUUGCUCUCGACAAACCCGCCAAACGCUCAGCGGCGGUGACUAGGUGCGGCUCCGAACGGGGUGGCGGCGGGACGGGCGUGAGCGGCGGUGGUUUAACCGGAGAGGAGAAGGUGGUGGCGGCGCCUGCACUGGCGGCGCCGGCCACGAAGAAGCGGAGAGCCAAGUCGCUUCCCCCCGUUCCGCUGCGCAGGCCUCGCCUGGAGUCUCGCCCCUGUCUGGCGGGCCCCUCGUCUGUCAUCCAGAACCUCACCCUUAACGACGACGGCGCCAGCGGCGAGGACGUCGACGCGUGGGCGUUGAGCGAAUGGCUAGCGCACGGGGCCGCUUCGGCGACGGCAGCGGCGGGCGGCGGGGGGGUGGGGGGGGGGGGGGCGACCCUCCGCCACCGGCCCCUAAGCUCUUACCACAAAGGCGUGCAACUACCUUAGUGGGUUGAGGAUAUAUUGGGCAGGCUUUUUUUUUUUUCGGUACAGUAGUGUGAAGAAGAGCAUCGGCGUAUUUUUGUUUGAUGCAUUUUGGACAUGAAGGCGUGUAGUUUGAUGGAACCUCGUCCCCUUUUUGGUGGGCCGGCGGGUGGUGUUUUGUGCAUCUGAUCCACCCGUGGCGCUGAUCACAUUAUUAACAUUAUUAAUUUUGUCGUGAGCGGCGGCAAGAGCUUCGCGUCAACAACCAGCCCGCCACCCAACACUCGCCUGUUUUUCGCUUCGUCUUUCAGGCGGCCGGUGCGUGUUACGUUUUUGGGUGGGGUGAGUGCUGUUUUUUUUCGCAAACGUUUCGCGCUGCCUUCCGCAUAUGUGCAGAUUUUCGGGCGUGUUGGUGUUGCGUUGUCCACGCGGAUGAAAAUGAGAGAUGGUGCUAUGUAAACGUUCGGAUUUUCCGUUGUGCCGUGUCCGUGUAAUAUGCGUUUGCACCCCGUAGAUGUUUGUCGUAGGUCUGGGCGUAUAUGUACCGCGGUUUUGCUUCCACGUGACGAGACAGCCUUGGUCGUCGGGGGCACGGUGCUGCACGGGGGGAGGGAACAAAUCGUCUCUACCACGCUUGACCAAGCACUCCAGGCAAAAAAAUCUAGUUGACCCUAUAAAGGCAUGAGCUCGGAGGGCUGCAAGGCCUCUUCCGCCAGCACCGGCAGUCGUUUCACUCAAUCGUUAAUGCUUCAAUGUUGAUGGAUUUCACACAUACAUGCAGAAAGGGGGGCUAGCUUGCUUUAGGUAGUAUGAUCUGCAGCCAAGUUUUUUUGGUUGUUUUUCUUCCUCGGGUGGUAGUUGGGCAGAAGAAGAAGGUUAUGACGGUGCUUCGGGAACUACUUUGGAAGGACGAUGUGGCGCUUGAGAAGAAAGCGAAGGCUCGUUUUUUUUUUCGGGAGCGUUAAGUAAAUAGCAGACGAACUACACCGCGCGAGGGUGUAGGGUGGCGCAAGCAAGGGGAGGGGGGAACCGCGAAAUCGCAACAAUCGCACGGUAGUACUAUACCAGCCUUAUUGUUGUUCGGAAUCAGCGCUCGGCACCGAGCUUGAUUUUGUUGUUGCGCUAGACUCUGGGGCGCACACCAGACACGUCCGCUUUUUUGUCUCUCCCUUGUUGUGGUGAUUUGAUGAUUUUUUUUAUCCUCCUGGACUCGAGAGGGUACAGACAGAAUCCUCGGUGGGGGGGGUAUCUGGGCAUAAGCUAUGUAGCGUUGCGUGCGUGUGUGCCUUGGAACGGAUGACUGCUAACUAACGGUAAAUAGCUGUGAAUGUCGGAGGAGAGGAGGAGGAAUUCUCUCUCGCAAUGUUCCUUUUCUUUCUCUGUCUGUGAAGAGAUGUUAUCUAGAGCGGGUGCGUGGUUGCCUAGGGCGGACGUUUGUUGUAAAAAAAUGAAAGGAGCGUGGAAGAAGAGAGCAAACUCACGAAAAUACACCGCCGCCGUCCGUGCCGCUUGUGUUUAAUCUGCGAACCGUCGAUGGAAUUUAUUUAGGUAAUUUGAGUAUGUUGCCGAUGUUUCUUCGAGGAUGGAAUGGGAAUUGAGUGCAGCAGCGGAGGACAGUGCUGCAGCAGGGGUUUUUGUUGUGUCCACGAGCAUGGCGUUGUUUUCGGGUGUGUUCUCUCCCCGUGAGGGGUCACAGUAGGCUUCUCUCCGUCGUAAGACCAGGAACGUUGUAGAUAAACCUUGGUCAUUGCUGUUAGCAUUCGCCAAAAACAGCCUUAGAUACACGUAGUGUGUGCAUCCUUUCUUCAAACUAUGAUUUUCCAUUCCAUGCGUGUGCCGUGUGCAGAAUAGUAGUACCAGUUGCCGUGGUUGAAAACGGGAAAGGCUUUCGGCCGUCCUUCAUGUGCCAUAGAGUAAACUGACUGCCCGGAGCUUCACCAAUUUUCACAGCGUUGUUGUGUAGUGUUCUCAGUCGCACCGCUGCCUAGCACAAUCGCAAGGAAAUACCUAGCUAGACGGGGAGCGGCGUCGAACCGAUCCGAUUUUACCGAGCUUUACCGUAGCUGUACAGUGCAGUAGUCAAGGGAUGAAAUCGCCUUUGGUUAUCUGUGAUGCUUCCGUCAUGCAUGCAUGUUCUUUUUCAUGUAUUUCUCGACAUCGUACGUGUCUGGAGUAACCCAUUAAAGUAAGGUGGGGGUUGACAACAGUGCCAGGCAAUCAUUCCGAGAUAAAACUCUAC